AUGGAAGCCCCGCUGGAAGAAGACGUGGCUACUGCCGGUGCCUCAGCGGGGACUGAAGAGCAGGACUUGAAAGCGUCUGAAGAAGCAAUCGCAUUCAUGUCCAGCAUCGUCUUUUCACUUCCCUCAGAGCUGCAGAAGUGCCUGUUUGCAGACUCUCUGGUGACUGUGUCAGAGGGAGGCAGAGAUCUGGGCAAGUUCAGUGUUCGGGUGGAGUUUGGCCGCAGAGUCCAGCAGCUCUGUCUGCUGCUGCACGCUCAGAGCCACGGAGCCAUUGAUGACUCCCCCUGUGGGACAACAGUGACAGCCUACCUGACUCCUGACCUGGAGGUGCUGGAGGAGGAUUUCCACGAGUAUGUCAAGCUCGACGGCCACAGUUUGGACAAGAGGUGCCACAUGGUGCAGCGCGACGGGCAGAUGGUGAUUGAUAAAAUUACAACUAUGGGAGAGGAGGUGACGAAGGAGAGCGUUUCUUAUCCCAUGUCUGCUCUAAGGGGGCUGGUAACUGAGGGCUCCAACUUGCUGCUGAUGCGUCUCAUGGCUCUGAAGAAGAAGGUGCCAGAACACAUGACGUUCGUCUCCUUGGACCAACGACUGCGCUUAAUCCACACCACCUUUAGUGAGCUGGGUCUGAAGCAGCUGGAGGUUGGAGGUGAGAUCCUGGAGGUGUUUGGGGUGGAGAGGAUUGUUAAUUCUGAGGAGGACAGUCCAACAUCUUGGCACUGCUACUUCCUGGAUGACGGGCACUUGGCCAGCAGAGUGCAGGUGGGCUCACCAGUCAUCAUGAGGCUUCUGGAGCUGCCAUCAAAGACAGAAAAAGCUUUUGAGAAGAUCCCCCUGGCGUGGGAAGAAGACAUGCAGAUGCGUUCAGAGUUCCUGGACAGAAAGGAUGAGCUGAAAGCGGGCCACGCCUCAUAUCUGAGACAGCACCCAGAGAUCAGGGCCCUCGUAUCUGACUUCCUGCAGUUCUUGCUGCUGAGAAAACCCGAUGAUGUCCAUCAGUUUGCCAGAGAAUACUUCCUGCCCUUUGCGUCUCGCCCUCCUCCAGAAGCAGACCCGAAAGCCGAGUGACGGCACACUCAAGGGCACAUCUCACAUGCUACAAAACUCAGUCUUUUUCCGUAGUUCACUCCCAACACAACUCACACUGAUGUUCAGAAAUCACAUGUUUUUUUUCUUUCUUUUGAGUGAUAGAUGAUGAGUGUUGAAAAUGUAAGCGAUGUGGAAAGGAUGGAGCAGUAGCUUUCAAACCAGUGGCUGUGCGGUCUUUUCAGAGAACAUUUGGGAUCUGAAUAAAGU